GAAAGAAUGAAGACUCGCAAGAGAGAAGAAAAAAAUGGAAAAAAAGAGUAUCGAAGACUGUUUGAAAAGUCCAUAUUUUGAUAAAUAGUUUUUCGAAUAACAACAGUAAUAUAUAAUUUUUCUUUUGUAAACCCUAUUUCGCAUAAGCUUCCCUCUACCGCCCCCCCCCCCCCCCCCCCCCCCCCCCCGGCGCUCGAGGUUCCUACUCGACACCGUCUUAGCGGCUCCCGACUCACGGUUAACCCUUAGCUGCCACCGUCUCUUCCUUCCGACGAAGUCACCGCCGUUCUCUUCUUCUUUCACCCUCUCGCCUAACUCAGUGUGUCAGCCCUUAGCGCCAUCGGAAAUUUAGGGUUUGUUUUUUGCUGAAGAAAAGAAUGAGGUUAGAGAAGUGUUGGUUCUGUUCCUCCCCUAUAUAUCCAGGACAUGGUAUUCAAUUUGUUCGCAAUGAUGCGACGAUUUUUAGAUUUUGUCGAUCAAAAUGCCACAAGAACUUCAAGAUGAAGAGAAAUCCUCGUAAAGUAAAAUGGACUAAAGCUUAUAGGAGGUUGCAUGGAAAGGAUAUGACAAAGGACUCUACUUUUGAAUUUGAGAGGUGGCGUCAUAGGCCGCAUAAAUAUGACAGGAAUGUCACUGAAGAUACAUUGAAGGCUAUUAAGAAGAUUGAUAAAAUCAGAAUGGAUAGGGAAUCGAGACAUAUUGCACGCAGACACCAAGGAAAGAAAGCAAAGGAGUUCAGAGAAGCAAAGAAGGAAUUGGAUCAAAGCAUCAGUUUGGUCAAAGCACCUUCUGUUCUCAAGGAGGAUCCUUCCCUCACCCUUCCAAAACUCAAAGUCAAAGUGGUACCAUCACAAUCAGAGCAAGAUCGUAUGGAAGAAUGAGUUUGUCAAUCUUAUAUCACUAUAUCAAAUAUUUUAUGUAGUAGUUACGUUUUCACAUAUCUUGAACUGUCAGAGUUCUUGUGCAGUGGUAGAUUAUCUUUGUUCGUCCUCACGCAAGAAUGGUUGUCAUGUACAAUUUCAUUUGUAGACAGAUUUCUAAAAAAUUUUAUUGAAUCAUUGCCAACUGGUUUUUGCGGUUU